UAAUAAAAAUGAACAAACAAAGAGCCCGGCUAAAAUUAAAAGACAAUGAUGAAAAACAACAUAAAAUCCAAACAAAUAAAAACUUAAAUCUUGCGCCGCUUCUUUCUUCUCUCUUCUCACUCUCGUCUCCUUCUGUCUCUCUCUCUCGUCUCCGGCCUCCGUGCCGCCGCCCUCGCCGGCUUGCUCAACCUCUCGGUUUCUUUCAUCUCCUCUUUCGGUGCGCCGCCGCCCUCCCAAACUCGCCCAGUCUUCCCCGUCGCCCCGCCUCCUCCGUUCGCAGCAGCAGCAGUGGCUUCUGUCCAACAGGCCUUCUUCCCAUAAUCUCCGGCGAUUUGAUAUGUCGAUUUCCGGCGAGCAUAGCAGAAAACGGCCGUUUACAGAAACAGAUCAGCCGGCGACAAUCCUGUGCACAGUGGUAGCAAUCGAUUACAGCAAUCUCUUCUACAGAGUGUGUAGUGCGUGCGAAAGGACUCUGCCGGAGAAUCCCGACGGUUGUUGCCGUCACUGCAACAUCACCAACGGCUUCAAUCCUGCUUCCAAACGCCUCUUUCGUGUUCUCAUGUCAAUCGGUACAGAUACGAAGAUCAUGGUGGUGAUAAUGUUCGAUAGGGCCGCCAGAGUGUUGUUUGGUUGCUCCGCCGACGACUUCUUCAACUUCGCCAAAACUCACCCCUACGCAUCUGCGACGGCCAGCAAAGCUCUGGAAGGGGAGAUGUUGACUGUGACGUUAUCGAAGCCGAAGAAUGGAAAUGCUCAGCACCUGCGAGUCGUAUCAGUUGUGCCCAUGGGAACUGGUUUUCAACCAGCUAUCCACACGUUGAAGGAAUUGUAUCCACACUACUAACUCUUACCAACUUCUUCAAUUCUUGCUUAAUGCUUUGUCUAC